AGAAGAGUAGAGCAGAGUGCAGUCACUGCUGUGGUUGGAACUGAACAACAAGUAUGUUGGGCUCGUUCGUUCUGCUGUGGAUAUGCAUCUGCCUCCUCUUCUUCUUCUUGAAGGUUAAUAGACCCCCAAACUUUCCUCCUGGUCCACAACCCAUUCCAAUAUUUGGGAAUCUGCUGCAUCUGAGCUUGGGGAAUCCUAUGAAAGACCUGGAGAAGUUGGCGAAGCGCUAUGGGAAUGUUUUCAGUCUUUAUAUUGGUGGAAGGCCAGCUGUGAUUCUCAAUGGGCUUGAAUCUAUGAAGGAGGCCCUGGUUACCAGGGCUGCAGAUUUUGCAGGAAGACCCCAAGACCUUAUGAUCAACCAUGUCACAGAAGGAAAGGGUGUCAUUCUUGUGGACUAUGGCUCCAGCUGGAAAGAGCAUCGUCGCUUUGCCCUAAUGACCCUGAAAAACUUUGGUCUGGGGAAGCAGUCCAUGGAGGAGAGGAUUCUGGGGGAGAUAUCACACCUCAUUGCACCCUUGGCGAAAAACGUUGGAAAAUCCAUGAACCCACAGGUUCUCUUCCACAAUGCUGCAUCCAAUAUCAUCUGCCUUGUCCUCUUUGGGUCGCGUUAUGAUUAUAACGAUGAGUUUCUUAAGACCUUCGUGAGGCUCUACACUGAGAACGCAAAGAUCACCAAUGGACCCUGGGCUAUGCUUUACGACACAUUGCCCAUGCUCCGACACCUUCCCUUGCCAUUCCAGAAGGCCUUUCAAAAUGCAAUUUGUUGCAGACAGAUGUCUCUUGGACUCGUCACUCAGCAUAAGGAAACCAGGAUUCCUGGGGCGCCAAGGGACUUCAUUGACUCCUACCUGGAUGAACUAGACAAAAGAGGAGAUGAUGGAUCUUCUUUUUCAGAGGCCCAACUCAUAAUGUACGUCCUGGACUUGCACUUUGCUGGAACAGACACCACCUCCAACACACUGCUCACUGCUUUCCUCUACCUCAUGACCCAUCCAGAGAUUCAGGAGAGGUGUCAGCAGGAAAUUGACACGGUACUGGAGGGGAAAGAACACGCAUCUUUUGAGGACAGGCACAGGAUGCCUUACACUCAGGCAGUGACCCACGAGAGUCAGCGCAUCGCCAGUACUGUCCCCCUCAGUGUGUUUCAUAGCACCACCAGAGACACUGAGGUGAUGGGCUACAGUAUCCCAAAGGGCACUUUGAUCAUCCCAAACCUUACCUCUGUGCUGUCUGAAGAGGGUCAGUGGAAGUUCCCCCAUGAGUUCAACCCCUUAAACUUCCUGAACGAGCAGGGCGAGUUUGAGAAGCCCGAGGCCUUUAUGCCGUUCUCUGCAGGGCCCCGAAUGUGUCUUGGAGAAGGACUCGCUCGCAUGGAGCUCUUCCUGAUCAUGGUCACUCUGCUGCGACGCUUCAAGUUUGUCUGGCCUGAGGAUGCGGGGGAACCUGACUACACCCCUGUGUUUGGUGUAACCCUGUCCCCCAAACCCUACAGACUGGGUGUUAGACUGAGAGGGAACUAGUUAGGAGGAAGCUAUUCUAGACAGGGAUCAAAUAGAAUUGGUGUAAUAUAAUAUGUAAUAUUAUAAUUAUUCUACUUAAUUCAACUAUCUAUAUGUAUUUGUGCUUAACACAUUUUUGUUUUUCAUUUGUCACAUUUUGCUUAUUUGAAUAUGUAAUAAAGGACUCAUUACACACACCAUUGAUGGGGAAUCUCUGAUGUUAUAGUGUUCACUCUCUACAUAAACAAUAUCGGUGAUGAGAUAAGAAAGUGUCAAAUUCAUUUAUAUGCUGAUGACACUGUCAUGUACUCUAUCGCUUCAACGGUUGACCAAGCAUUAUCACUAUUGGAGACAGAUUUUAAGAUAUUACAAGGGUCUUUUGUACAGCUGAAAAGAAAACACAGUUUAUGAUUUUUAACAGGUUCAAAAAGUUGUUUGAAAAUACACUUGCACUUACGAGCUUAGAUGGUUCUCAAAUGAAUAAGGUCUCUGCAUAUAAAUAUACUUACUUUAUCAUCCAACCAUAUCCCUGUCUUUUAAAAUGCAUAUUGACGAACUUUGUAAACGGCUAAUAAUCAAGCUAGGCUUCCUCUAGAAACAGAACAUGUUUGUCCUCUACAAAUAGAAGACAAAUUGUGCAAGCUACUUUUAUGUCUGUUAUAGAUUAUGGGGAUAUUAUCAACGUGCAUGCUACGGCAUCAACACUUAAAUCGCUGGAUGCUACUUAUCAUUGCGCAUUUAGGAUUAUUACGGGUGUUAGCUACAGAACUCACCACUGUGUUUUAUGUCAAAAUGUGGAUUGGACUUCGCUGUCCGUGAGACGAGAACAACAUGCUCUCGUGUUUGUCUAUAAAGCACUUCUGAAUAAACUACCUUCUUAUCAUCACUCAUCAAUAUUAGAAUUAGAAUUCCUAAAAACCAAGUCUCAAGUAUGGAUUACACUUGAGGCCCAUGUGGUUUCCAGAGUUGGGUAUGGCUGCCUUUUCCUGUCACGCUCCUUGCCCAUGGAAUAGCCUGCAGACUAAACUUCAACUUGAGACUCUUGUCCCACUUGCCCAUUUUAAACAUUUAUUAGAGGAUUUUUAUUUUUGUAUUGCCUGUAACUGUUUUGGGUAAUGCAAGUUCUUGUGCUGUUAGGGGAAUAACCUGUCAGGUGAAUAACCUGUUAGGGGUAUAACCGAUGUGUAAAUGUAAUAAUCUGCUGCUGUAUGUUUUUUGUGUUAUCUGUGAUGGUUUUGUUUGUCUUGUGCAAUUUCUUAAUCAUUGUACCUGAACUGUAUGUGUACGCAGGGCUGUAAAAGAGACCUUGGUCUCAGUCUGUGUUCCUUGUUGAAAUAAAGGUAUACUAAUAGGC